AUGGCGAAUUCCAAAUUUGAAUACGUCAAGAGCUUUGAGCAACCCGAUUUCUUGCUACCAAACACUUGGAUCGUUGUCCGCGUAGACGGGAGAGGAUUCACCAAACUCUGCGCCAAGUAUAAUCUCGAGAAGCCCAACGAUAAGAGGGCGCUCGACCUCAUGAACGCCGCUGCCAGGGUAGUCGUUACGGAGCUCCCAGACAUCACCGUCGCAUAUGGCGUAAGCGACGAGUACAGCUUCGUCUUUCACAAGUCAUGUACACUGUUCGAGAGGAGAGCGAGUAAAAUCGUGAGCACAGUGGUCUCGACGUUCACAGCUAACUACGUCCACCUGUGGUCAACGUACUUCACUAACACCCCGCUCUCGCCGCCCCUGCCGAGCUUUGACGGCCGGGCGGUAUGCUAUCCCACGGUCAUGAAUCUGAGGGAUUAUAUGAGCUGGCGGCAAGUUGACUGCCACAUCAACAACCUUUACAACACAACUUUCUGGACUCUUAUCAAGCUAGGCGGCCUUGACAACAGAGAAGCAGAGAAGCUCCUGGCGGCAAGCCCCCUUCCUCCUCUAACACACAUGCAGGGUACCGUCUCCGGAGACAAGAACGAAAUCCUCUUUUCACAGUUCAAGAUAAACUAUAACAACGAGCCGGAGAUGUACAAAAAAGGCAGCGUCGUCUUCCGCGACUACGAACUCGUCGAGCCGGGGACCCACAACGCCGCUGAGGCGGCCGACGCUCUGGCCGAGCCAGAGCAGCAGAGCAAGACGCAGGCGGAGAAAGACAAGAAAAAGAGAAGCAAGGCCAGAGUCGUCAUUGAACACCUCGACAUCAUCAAAGACGACUUCUGGGACCGGCGGCCGUGGCUUCUCUCCAACAAGCCCGGCAAGACGCCCAAAGAACCCUGA